UGGGCUGUGCAGUGAGGGGCUCAGGGUGCAUAGCCAUGGCGCGGGUCCUUCUUCAGAGGUACUGGGACAUCCCCGACGGCACCGAGUGUCACCGCAAGGCCUACGCCAGCACUAGUAUCAGUGGUGCUGUUGGCCUGAUCACCUCUGCCUACAGCGUCGCACUCAGGCCCCCUGACUCCUUCCUGGAGGGAGUGGCCAGGACAGGACGGUACACAUUUACUGCAGCCGCCAUUGGUGCCAUAUUUGGCAUUGCCUCUUGCGUUAGUGCCCAGGUCCGACAGAAGCCCGAUGACCCCCUGAACUACUUCAUCGGAGGCUGCGCUGGAGGCCUGACCCUGGGAGCACGCACUCACAGCUAUGGGAUUGGAGCUACAGCCUGCGUGUACAUGGGCAUGGCAGCUGCCCUGGUCAAGAUGGGCCAACUGGAGGGCUGGGAGUUGUUCGCAGAGCCCAAGGUGUGAGUCCCACCACCUCCCUCAACCUUGGGCAAGAGGAAAUCCCCCUAAAAUUAAAUUCUGUGUAUAUUUGUG